AUGUCUACUUUCUAUAUUCCUGUGCGGUUUGUGAACGAACCGCAAUCUCCCUACUCCCUUCAGUCCGAAGCGUCUACUCAUCUGCCGUCGUCCCCCGAUCCUGAAGAGACGCUUCCCAAUCCUUUGAUCAAGUUGGAAGAACCCGACUCGCAACCUACACCUGUUGCUGAAGCCUUGGUGUCGGGAGGGACCGCUUCACCUGCUACGUCUACCGCCGAAGCUUCCGCAUCUGAAGAGACCAUCGAGUCUUCAGUUCCUGAUCCUGUGGUCAAGUCGGAAGAGACCGACUCCCAUGCUGCAUCUGCUGCUGGACUGCCCGAACCUGAAGAGCCCGUCGACGUGCGUAGACGAGUCGAGGACCAUGUACAUGCACCUCGCCCGCCUCCUCCGUCCUUUUCCGAUAUCCGGCUGUUUGCAAUAGCCGCGGCCUUUCAAGCCGAUUCCAAUGGCCUGUUCCCCUUCCACUACCAGGAGAGGUACGCUCGCUCGCCAUCGCCCCCUCGCUCUACUGACUACACUGGAAGCGGGUCCGCUUCUUCUCCUAUCCGGGUUGAUACGCCGCCUCCAGCGGAACCCUGCUAUGUCUACCCUUCUCACCCCGAUCCUGAUGUCGAGUUAACGCCCGAAGAGCGUGGUCCUAUCUGGGCCGAGGUUGUACAAGAAGACGCCGUCCUGAACGCGCGUCGACACAUCAAAGAUCUCUUCCGAUCUUACUUCAAUCUUCUGGACGGCGACGUCCUCAAUCACCCGCGUCGUAGUGGAGGUUAUAGGCGUAUGGCGCGAUGUCGACUGUAUGAGAGCAUUAUGGAGGAGCUGGACCGUGUGCUUGAGACUGUAGACCAAGUACAGAUGACUGUUAUAGAAUAA